UGCUAUAAAUCUGCUGCUAUCUCAUGAUAUUAACCCUGACCUUCACAUUGCACUGGAAAAAUGUUAUUCAAACUUUAAGGAGAUACAUGUAUUAACAUUAACUUAAUAUAUAUAAAAAUGUAUUUUUGAAGUUUGUCUGUUUCGUCUCAACAUUGGUCAUUAGGAUAUAAGCAUUAAACUCAGAAUAAAUUUCAAAAAACAAUAAGUACGAAUGAAUUAAUAUCAUCUUUUACAUACUUAUGAAUGAGGGUAGAAUGUGUGCAGAUCAGUUAAUGAUUGCUUAAUCUUGGUCUAAUCAAAUGUUCAGAAUACUUGAAUUGAUUGCAGUUUACAGGAAUGACAGACCACUCUAACCUGAAAUAAGUCUGCACGGUAUCAAGAGCAUCCUUACUGCUAUCAUAAACAUAUCUUAUUUGUCAAGUGACAAUUUUUGAGAAAAUGAAUAUUUUAAAACAUUGUUAUUCCUGUAUAAUAUUAAUUACUCAAUUGAUAGAUAGAUUUCCUCGUAUGUUUUCCGUUGCACAGUAACAUUAUAGGUCAUUACCUGUUCCUGUUUUGAAUAUUUGAAUCCAAAAGGACAUGGAUAAAAAAAAAAAACAAAUGUUAAUCAUCAAACUGACAGUGUCAAGAUGAAAUCUGUUAAUAAUCAAGUUAAACACAUGCAGUUCACAUGAAGGGCUAAUAAAUUGGAGUUAAAAUUGAUCCAUAAAAUAUGGUACUGUCUUAAUCUCACUGCCCAGUCGUUGAACCCUCGGCUUGAGUGAUGAUUGACAAUACUGGGGUAUUCCCAUAUCUUAAACUUUCCUCAUGUGGUUCAGGAAAAUAUUUCAGAAUUUCCUUGGUGUGAAUAAGACAUGAGUUAUUGAACCUCAGAUUCAAACCUAAUGCUGAUCAACAUUUAGUUAAUUUACUCUUGCAGAUGAAGGUAGCCCACCCCUUGUAGAGCAAUGAGUCUAUCACUAAUUUAUGUACCCUUGUUGUAGAUUAUGGUAGUCCACCCCUUUAGAUCCAAGAGACUAUCUUUAAUUUAUGUAACCUUGUUGUAGAUAAAGGUCUCAUAAAUUUUUCAAAACAUUCAGUACACAGUAUGUCAUGAAUUUAUGUACCUUUGUUGUACUUGUAGGUGUAACAAGCAUACAGUAGACAGUAUGACAUUAAUAUGAAGGUCUCCCACCUCCUUCGCAGCAUACAGUAUGCCGUACUGACCGCCGUUGGGUGGGUGCUGACCCCGAUCAUCCGACUGAUAUUCAGUCUGGUUUAUCAGUCCAGCUCGAAGUGUGUGACCCCCAUAGAGGACCCUCUCUGUCUCCUUCCAGCUACUGAGCUAGCCAGAAAGAUCAGGACAAGGGAGGUGACAUCUGAGGCUGUGGUGAGGGCGUAUAUAGAGAGAGCCAGGCUCGUGAACAGGGACUGUAAUUUUAUUGUUGCUGACCGCUUUCAAGAGGCUCUGCAGGAAGCCAGAAAUGUGGACACUAUUCUUGAUGGUCACAUUAUUGCAGAGAAAUUCUCUGAGCAGAAUGCUCCAUUUCUUGGAGUGCCCACCUCUAUUAAAGAGGCAUUUGCCCUCAAAGGAAUGCCGCAGACCUCUGGGCUGGUGAUGAUGAGGGACUACCGUGCCAGUGAGGACGCCCCAGUGGUGGGGAGACUCCGACAGGCCGGCCUGAUCCCCACAAUGGUCACUAAUGUGAGUGAGCUAUGUAUGUGGUACGAGUCCGCCAACCGACUCAACGGGCGGUCCUGUAACCCGUACAACACCGCACGAAUAGUGGGUGGCAGCUCAGGUGGAGAGGGGUGUGCCAUUGCAUCAGGGGCAGCAGUGGUGGGGGUGGGGUCAGAUAUCGGAGGAAGCAUCAGAAUGCCCAGCUUCUUCAAUGGAAUAUUUGGUCACAAGCCCUCAAAUGGGUUGGUCCCCAGUGGGGGCCAGUUUCCACUGCCGACCGGCCGAGACAUGGAAUUACUGACCACUGGGCCAAUGUGUAGAUACGCCACUGACCUUCUACCUCUCCUCAAGGUCAUGUCGGGACCUGAGGCCAAGCUAGCCAAACUAGACCAAAAGGUGGACGUAAUGAAGAUCCGAUUUUUCACCAUGUUUGAUGAUGGGGGUAGUCUUCUAGUCAGUCAUGUGGAACCAGAAAUCCAGAAAUCACAACGUAAAGUUGUACAAUAUCUCAGGGACACUGUCGGGGUUCACGUGGAGGAACUCAAACUCACCAAGUUCCAGUACGCCUUCGAGAUGUGGGCCGCCAAGAUGGCGCUAUCGGGCGGCACGGACUUUGCCACCUACAUGUCUAACUAUAACGGCCGCGUCAACUGUUACCUGGAGUUACUGAAGUGGCUGGUGGGGCGCUCCAACCACACCCUACCGGCCAUAGGUCUGGGGAUGGGACAGGGACUGGCGGACCUCACCCCAGGGACAAACAAAAAGAACGUACAAAUACUCAACAAGCUGGACCAGGAACUGAGGGAAGUCCUGGGGGAGGACGGGGUGUUGCUGUAUCCGACCCACCCCAAGGUGGCCCCCUACCACAAUGAGCCCAUCUUCUACCCCUUUAACUUUGCCUAUACUGGACUGUUUAACGCUUUAGCCUACCCUGUCACUCAGUGCCCGCUGGGGUUGAGUUCCGAGGGUCUCCCCGUGGGUUUCCAGAUUGUGACCACCCCUAAUAAUGACCGGCUGUCCAUAGCCGUGGCGGUGUUCCUAGAGAGGGUGUUUGGAGGGUGGGUUCCACCCGGAACGAGGCCAUGAUCACGUGAUAGCUACUAGUAUUAAUAUCGGCAUUAAUUUACAUUUAUUGCAUACAUGAUUUAUUUAUUUUUUAACUAAACCUUUUCUUUAUUUCUGGUGCCAAAUUACUGCCCUUUAAUUGCUUUAAUUGUUUUUACUACAUUCCAAUAACAACUUACAGUGUUUUACAACUAUCGGGUAGAGUUGGUCGAAUUAUCAGAGAUCCGAAGUACGAAGUAUGAAAAUUGGCGUGUUUAUUGCAUGAAAUUUUUUUUAACACAUUUUUAAAAAACAAUUUGUAGGGAGACAAUACUCCCCUUUCCGAUUUUAUCAAACAGCCAAGACAUAUCCGAAUGCUUUUUUGUUCAUUGAAUGUUGGAUUGGGGGGGGGGGGGUCCUUUUUUACUUUGAAAAAACACAUCAAUUUAUUUUGAUUAGAAUUUCCCAGAUGUUAAAUCCAAGUCUUGAAAUUUAAGAAUUACGUUUGAUUUAUUGACAACUUGAACAUGAUAUAGAAAUAUUUCACCAUAAUUUUAAUGUGUGAAUUAUUAUUAUACAUGUCCGACACACGACGCCAUGAUGACAAUGCGUCACGUGGUUUGUCUCCAGGGGCAAGUUCAGUGGCCCUGUUUAUUUAUAGUAAUAUGUUGAUGAUAGUUGCAAUUAGUCCCAGACGAUGAUCGAUUGGAUAACAUUUUGUUUGUAGCAUUUAAGUUAUUUCUUUUUAUUUACAUCUUUAGAUGAUGCUGACUGAUUUGAAGAGUAAUGAAAACCUACUUUUGAAUGUUAAAAUAAUGUGUAUUCUGUUUAAUAAAAUUUGUAAUUGGAAACGAA